UUUGCCUUAGAGGUGGAAAAAACCCCCAGCCUUGGGCUGUAACUGCCCUGUUUGAGCAAUUUGUCCUGAGUUGGCACUCUCAAUUGGGUUCCACCGGAACCGCAUUGUCACAGAAGUAAAUCAGGAUUAUUAGCUCCACUUUCACAUGGGAAACUGAGGCGCAGACAGAUUAAGCGACGUGCUCAUGUUCAUACAGGAAACCUGUGGAAGAGAUGGGAACUGAACCCAGCCAAUGCCUUGAUUGCAAAACUAUCUGCUUUUCCCGGCAAGAGAAAAAGAAUCUGACUCUUUAUCCUGCUCUGUUGAAUCUAAUUGGAGCUUUAAUUGUAUAUUUCUCCAUUACUAUUUCAGGAAAGGGAGAUUUGAACCCAAAUGGGACAUAGUCCAUAGCACAGCAUGUCAGCAGCAGAUGGUGCCAACCUCAGCAGCACCUCAGUGUUCCUCCUAACAGGCAUACCGGGACUGGAGCAUGGACACCACUGGUUUGCUGCCUCUUUCUCUUUCAUGUACGCUAUUGCAAUUUUGGGAAACUGCACCAUCCUGUUUGUUAUAAAAGCGGAGCGAUGGCUCCACCAGCCCAUGUACUAUUUCCUUUCUAUGCUGGCCUUCACGGACCUGGGUCUGACUCUGUCCACGCUGCCAACGGUCCUCCGUGUGCUUUGGUUCAACUCCCGAGAAAUCAGCUUCAGCGCCUGCCUCCUCCAGAUGAUCUGCAUCCACUCAUUUUCCUUCAUGGAGUCCUCGGUGCUUCUGGCCAUGGCCUUUGACCGCUACGUGGCCAUUUGCAACCCUCUGAGAUAUACCUCCAUCCUGACCAGCCCCAGGAUUGCUAAAAUAGGACUGGCCAUUGUCUGUAGAUGUACGUUGGUGCUGGUCCCAUUAAUCUGUUUUCUUACAGUUCUGCCAUUCUGCAGGUCUCAUGUGCUCUCCUAUUCCUAUUGCUUGCAUCAGGAUAUAAUACGGCUGGCAUGCUCAGAUACCACGUUCAAUAAUAUGUAUGGCUUAACUUUAAUCCUGCUCAUAGUGGUACUAGACCCUCUGCUGAUUAUCCUGUCUUAUGUUAUGAUCAUUCAGAUGGUCUUAAGCAUCACGUCCAAGGAAGAGCGCAUCAAGGUCCUGAACACCUGCGUCUCCCACAUCUGCGCCAUCCUGAUCUUCUACAUCCCCAUGGUUGGCUUGUCAAUCAUUCGCAGGUUUGGGGAAAAUGCCGCCCCCAUCAUUCAUGUUCUCAUGGCCAACAUCUACCUUUUCGUGCCCCCAGUGCUCAACCCUGUCAUCUACAGCAUGAAAACCAAACAGAUUCGUGAAGGGAUCCAAAGGAUCUUAUGUCAAAAAAAGACCUAACCUGGGCAUGGCCAGUGGCUUAGGUGUUAUUCCAGGAUAUGUGCCCUAAUUCUCCAUAGAAUGGUGAGACUGGGUGAUAGAUAGAUAGAUAGAUAGAUAG